AUGUCGGAUGUCGAGGUGAGAAUACAAGGCAUAGAAGAGAUGCUCAAGAAGCUCGUGGUUGUUGUGGACGCGCGUGUGUCACGUGGCCGGCACCGGUCUGCCACAUCACGCAAGCGAAGCCAGUCGCCCUGGAAGACGAUCAGGUCCAUAAUUGAUGAGCUGGUGAAAGAUAUCCAGUAUGUCAAAGAAAUGGUCGAAGGCUGGGAUUUCAAUACGGGUCACGACCGAAACCCGGGGGCUGAUCACCGAACCGCCACUCCGGCAGCAAUAUUACAGAUCUCAGAUCCGCCGCCACAUGAGAAGCAGCAACUUAGCCACAACUCUUCGAACACUGCGGAAGGCACUCAAAAUGGUGGACCAAUUUCUGCAGAUCUCAGCGCGAAAACAAACCGUCUGGCGAUUCCUGCGCCGCUGCUCAGUGAGUCGGACAUGGACGAGAAUCGCGUUCGAUCAACUACCAUUCCUGACCAGUUUCCCACUGCACCAACUACUGUAUCGACCACUGUUCCCACUACUGUCGAAAGGUCAGAAGUCGAACAAAACACUGCAGUGGUCGUAACUAUGCCACGCCCUUCGCGGCACCCUGUCUCGACAAUUUCUCAGUCUGCCAUUUCCGCAAAGAGCGUAUCUCAAGUUCCUCGAAAUCCGGACAUCACCAUCCCUUAUCGAGAGGAGUACGGCGUCGUCGUUCUAAUGCCCUUGAACAAGGAUCAGUGUCGCGAUACACCUUUUCUUCUCUCGCAGGCCGAGGCACUAGGUGCGCGGGAAACUGGAAUAUUCAAGUACAUAAUACCAGAGGAUUUUGAUCUCAACAGGCACACUGUCCGCAGCGUUGCUACACGCGUGUCCAGAUUCACGUCUCGCAUCGAUCCGGAAGGCGUUUUUUGUAUUUCACGGACCGAGGAUCUAGAGACGCUCGAUAUUAGCGAUACCAGUUUCAUUUCCACUGAACCAGACGAAUUAGCUGAAAUGUUGGAGGGCCGUCUUGCCGAUCCCGCAGCCAUAAGCAAGAUGCGAUACUGUACAGAUAUUCCGGCCUGGACUGCCGAAGAUCGACAACGGCUGGGCUUACCUACGGAAUCCCCAAUCUGGCCUCUAAAGAACAAUCUAUUAGAUCGCACUAAGUAUAAAGUCGACGGGCUCCAUCGGCCGUACGGAUAUUUAUCGGGCAAGGAUGGGUCGCUCUUCACCAUACACCGCGAGGACGCAAACUUAAUAUCGUUAAACGCUCUAUACAGUGGAAGAGAGAAACCGUGGUGUGCCGUGGCUCGGAAAGAUAGCUACCUCAUCGAAAAUGAAGUGAAAGGCGGGAAAUGUGCACAGAAGGUACGACACGGUUCUCGCUGGUUUCCGCGAUCGAAGCUUAAAGCCAUGGGUGCUUCCUUUGUCACAUUUGUCCAACGCCCGCGGGAGGUGGUCGUGGUGUGGGGGGAUAUUUACCACCAAGGCGGUACUGUUGGUCCCGCCACUGCCGAAGCUGUGAACUAUGGCGGGCCUAACUGGAGCAUCGAGGGCUACUCCGAGUGCAGUUGUACUUGCCCCGGAUAUCCUAUUCCUAAUGCGCUCUUGGAGUUACGUGCCCCGAAUGAACCACAGCGUGAGCAAGACGACGAAGUUUCACAGGGAGCUCACGACUCGGUCCAGACUCAAGGACGCGAGCGGCUAGCUAGAGACCGUCCACCAGCGCGGACCCGGGAUGGUAAAGCGACAGAGACAGAACUUAGGAUGAACCAGCAGGAGACCAGACCCCCCAAAAGGCGCAGAGACGUGCCGACCCCACAGCAGUCCAGGAAAAUGACCAUGAUUCGGACCACCCUCAGUUCAGCUGAUACGAUGGGGACUGAAACCGAGAUCUGCAAUGAUCUAGUCUCACGGAUGGUGGCGGCCAUUCGCAGUAGAGACGUAAUCAAGCAGUUCUUUGACAUUGUCCAGGGUCGUCGGGACCUCGAACCUACAGCGUUACAAAUAAAUUUCAUCACAAGCCCGUCUAAAAGACCACUUCGCCAAGAUCCGGCCCAAAUGCUCGAGAACGAUCUGAAGAUCAUCAGCACGCUUUCACGCAAAACUGCCUUUCAUGACUUUCUUACUCGUUUGUUCCAAGUCCGUCUUGCCGAUCAUGUCAACGAAAUUAAUCAAGGCCGUCUUAGGAGUGAGGCAGCCGUCAUUGCAGGAAUCCUGAAGCGCACGGGGAUGUCGAAACGCCAGUACCUAUAUCAUCGAGAUAGGGGCGCGAAGUGGCGGGAAUACUGUAAGGCGUUUCCAGGUAUCCUUUGUUUCAUCCCUUUUCAAACUCAAAGAUUUGGCUUUUCUUCGACAUCUUGGCUCGACCUUGACGAAGGAGAUUUUGUCUCCUUACGUUCUCAUCUGGAAAACGACUAUACAUCCGCUCUCUGCAUCGCUGGGAGAGCAUUUGAACAGUCACUGGACCCCGCGGCAGACGAUGUCGACUUCAUCUGGGAAAGUCUGGAUGUAUCGCUGGACAAAAUCUCGGAUGGAGAGUUGGUCUCCAUUCUGGGACUCUUCCCGGCAAAGGACGAAAACAUAUAUGAUCCUGAUGCGUACCCGGAAUGGCCUAGACCAGAAGAAUGGCCCGACGAUUCACCGUGGCCGGUUGACCCGACGUCCCUGCCUCCUUCUGGGGGGCUUCAAUGCAAGUUGUGUCAUCAGAGCAAUUGCCCUUGUGAACUGUGUCAUGAGAAAAAUUGCUGUUGCGCCGCUAUUCGUCACGAGACACAGCCUCGUAUUCGGAAAUAUAAGGGCAAAUAUGAAGGCAAGGACCGAGGUCUGCAAGCCGUCGCGAGAGAAGCGGGCCAAAUCGCGUAUUCGGAGAGCGACAUUAUCGCCUUCAUUACGGGGGUAUUAGCGCCUCCCGAUACGUACCACAACGGUCAAUGUAUACAGGUGGACCGAAGCGAUAUCCUCGGCGAGCCCACAGUCGCCCAGAUUAACUGUACUGAAUUCGGCAACAUCUCUCGACUUGUCAAUCAUAGCUGUGACCCAUCGGCCCGCUUCAAGGGCAUGAGGGUAUCAGGGAAGUUUAGGAUUGCAAUCGUCGCUGAACGAAAUGUCUAUGAUGGGGAAGAGAUCACUGUCCACUACAGCAAAAAGUAUUGGGGAAGGGAAAAAUGUCGAUGUCCUGUAUGCCGAUUAGCCCGGCCACUCUAG